UGCUUUGUGUCUUGCAGUGUUGAGCAUUAGAUAUGUAAAGCGCCUAGCAUCAUACCUCGCACCCAGAACCGCCCAAAUAAUGCUGUGUUGCCAUCAUGCCUCAAACCCGCUCGCAGUCACAGGCUACAAUCAGUUUUCCAAAAAAGAAACAGCCUCGGACAUUGGACAAAGCUAAAAACUCCAGUGACACCAAACUAGAACUGACAAAUGUCCAGGCCAUACCCCGUUCUCCUUGUGCAAAAAUUCUGCCUCUUAGCCCCAGAAAACGUCUGGGUGACGACAACCUGUGUAACACUCCCCGUUUACCUCCCUGUUCUCCACCAAAGCAAAGCAAGAAAGAAAAUGGUCCCCCUCGCUCACGUACAUCUAAGGGGCGCAGAUUGGUAUUUGACAAUCAGCUGACAACUGAGUCUCCUAGCAAAAGAGAACAAGCCAGAGUUCACCAAAACAAAAUACGUUCCUCAGGUCCAAAAGGUCAAGACAUUGCAACAAAUUCUGAGCAGAGACGUCCACUGGAGAAAGAAUCUGCAUGUCUGAGACUUCUCAAGCAAGAAGGCACUUGCUACCAGCAAGCAAAGCAGCUUCUGACGACAGCUGUCCCAGAUCAGCUGCCUGCCAGGGAAAAGGAGAUGGAUGUCAUCAGGAAUUUCCUGAGGGAGCACAUCUGUGGGAAGAAAGCUGGAAGUCUUUAUCUUUCUGGUGCUCCUGGAACUGGAAAAACUGCCUGCUUAAGCCGAAUUCUGCAAGACCUCAAGAAGGAACUGAAAGGCUUUAAAACUAUCAUGCUGAAUUGCAUGUCCUUGAGGAGUGCCCAGGCUGUAUUCCCAGCCAUUGCUCAGGAGAUUUGUCAGGAAGAAGUAUCCAGGCCAGCUGGGAAGGACAUAAUGAGGAAACUGGAAAACCAUAUGACUGCGGAGAAGGGCCCCAUGAUUGUGUUGGUGUUGGACGAGAUGGACCAGCUGGACAGCAGAGGGCAGGAUGUAUUGUACACGCUGUUUGAAUGGCCAUGGCUAAGCACUUCUCGGUUGGUGCUGAUUGGUAUUGCUAAUACCCUGGAUCUCACAGACAGAAUUCUGCCGAGGCUUCAAGCUAGAGAAAAAUGUAAGCCACGGCUGUUGAACUUCCCACCUUAUACCAAAAAUCAGAUAGCCACUAUCCUGCAGGAUCGACUUAAUCAGGCAUCUAAAGAUCAGGUCCUGGACAAUGCUGCCAUUCAGUUCUGUGCCCGCAAAGUCUCUGCUGUUUCGGGAGAUGUUCGCAAAGCGCUAGAUGUUUGCAGGAGAGCUAUUGAAAUUGUAGAGUCGGAUGUCAAAAGCCAGACUAUCCUCAAACCACUGUCUGAAUGUAAAUCACCCUCUGAGUCACUGGUUCCCAAGCGGGUUGGUGUUAUUCACAUAUCACAAGUCAUUUCGGAAGUUGAUGGAAACAGAAUGACUUUGAGCCGAGAAGGAGCACAAGAUUCCUUCCCUCUUCAGCAGAAGAUCUUGGUCUGCUCUUUGCUGCUCUUGACCAGGCAGUUGAAAAUCAAAGAGGUCACUCUGGGGAAGUUAUAUGAAGCCUAUAGUAACGUCUGCCGCAAACAGCAGGUGGCAGCUGUGGACCAGUCAGAGUGUUUGUCACUUUCAGGGCUCUUGGAGGCCAGAGGCAUUUUUGGAUUAAAGAAAAACAAGGAAAUGCGCUUAGCAAAGGUGUCUCUGAAGAUUGAAGAGAAGGAAAUAGAGCAUGCUCUGAAAGACAAAGCUUUAGUUGGAAAUAUCUUAGCUACUGGAUUGCCUUAAAUUCUUUUCUUUUAUACUAAUAUUCUGCCUAAAAUUAUCUGGCUGGCAUUUAGAGAGGGAUGGAAUC